AUGGCUGCUCGCAAGACCUCUAGCAGAAAGAUCCGUCUUAUCAAGAAGACAAAGGAGACAUCCCCAGUCCCAGCUUGGGUGAUAGCCAAAACCAAGCGCACCGUAAAGACCAAUCCCAAACGCAGAAACUGGAGAUCCACUGACGUGGAGGUCGGCUAG